AUGCACACUGUAAGUCGUCAUUCUGCUAAGAACUUGGUGUGUUCAUGGCUAUCAGAGGAAUCAGCAUACAACCUGCCAGCGUAUGACAUCGAGUCUUCGGUGACUGCCCUUGUUGUUUCGAUGAAGACUUCAGGUGUUUUGGCAGGCGUCCCUUUCGUCGACGCACUUAUUGAGCAUCUAGGCUGUACUGUUGAGUGGCACGUUAAGGAGGGAGAUCUGCUUCCACAAGGGCCUACAAAAGUGGCAUCAAUCACCGGAGCAACUGCUGAUUUAAUUCACGGCGAGCUCCUGAUCAAAAACAUCCUGUCGCGCGCAUCAAGCAUUGCAACUUUUGCAUCAAGGCUUAAAAAAUUGCUUAGUGAUUUUUCGUGGAAGGGUGAACUUGUGUCACCUUUUACACAUACUCCGGGCUUCGCACUUGUUGAGGAAUAUGCCAUAUUUGUUGCUGGCUUACCGAGUUCAAGGAAUUUGUCAUCGGUUCUGUUGCCUCUGUCACACAUUGAGGCAGCCGGUGGUGUUAAAGAGGCAAUAGCUGCUAUCAAAUCGAAAGCUGGCAAAAAUACGCAGGUUACAGUUGAAUGCAACAACUUACAAGGGGCAAAGUCAGCGGCGGAGGCUGGAGCUACCUGUCUUCGAUUUGAGGGCAUCACUGCAAAAGAUCUAGGGAAUUUCGCGUCUCAGCUCAAGUCUUCGCAUCCAUCCGUGCUUAUUGAAGCAUCGGGAAACUUUGAUGAGACGACAUUGCGUCAAUUUACAUUGCCGAACGUGGAUUCACUGACUUCAAGGAAGUUGUACAAUGGAUAUCCAGUUCUCGAUUUUACAGUUAAUUACGAGACUGCCAAUGAACUAACGAAACCGUCCCUGAAGCGGCCAGUCGCCCCCGCUGAGUCAGAACAGUCCCCUGCCGACAAUGGUAUUCCAAACAAGGGCGAAGAAUCUGGGGAGGGUGAUGUAGAGCCAGCUAAACGACUCAAACAAGAGCAGAAGAGUCCCAUCACCCCACAACCCAAGGUUGCGGAGCCUGCACAACCGCAGGAGCAGGAGCAGCAGCAGCAGAAACCAGAUGCUGCUGAAAGACUCAAACCCUCGUUGCCUCAGAAGAAAAAUGAAAAGGCAAACGGAAAUCGUGGGGCUGCAGUCAAUAACAGGAGGCAACAAAGGUCACAACAGACCAGAAAUCAGCGGUACAACACAAACCGUCAGCAGCAAAAUCAGGGAAACCGGGGGAACCAUCAUCAUCGGCGAAGCGACAAUCACAUGCAGCCGGUAAACUACCACAACAACAACAGCAACACCAGUAACUCGGGUCCGGUUUCACGUGGCGGUCCAAUCAACCCAAACGUCGGUGGCGGCACAAUGGCCCUUCGCAACCACCAGUCGCCUCAGCAACAGGCUGCGGCAGCAUUCCUCCAGCAGGCGCGCAUGAUGAAUGUGGCCCUGAACCAACGUGGUCCCAUCGGUAGUAACGGUGGCAGCGGUGGUUUCAUGUCCGCGGCAGCCGUGGCACUUUUGUCAUCUCAACAACCGCCACAGCCGCCGGGCCUCCGUGGUCCCAUGAUGCCACAACCGCCCUCGCAACGUGGUCUGAUAGGUUCUGGCGCCCCGAACCAAUGGUCGAUCAUGGGCGGACCCCCUCCUCAGAGGGGGGGUAGUGGCGUCUGCUGCCGCGUCUGUGGUGCUCAGAAUAUGCCUGGGUUGCCGUUCUGCAGGAAUUGCAGAGCUCCCAUUCGAUGA